CCUUGCUUAAUAGUGUCAGAGUUACUGUCAUUUUAGGGGCGAUUUUUUUUUUGGUGAUUCCUGCCUUUAUUAAGCGAUUGAUUGAACCUAAAUCCAGUCGGGAUGGCUUCACGGAAGAGAGUCCACGGAGACACCGACACGCAGGACGGAGUGAAAGCCGCUCACAAGCAGCCAAAGGCGGGUGGCAAUGAACACGUAGCCGCUGUGAUCCUGGCGAGAGGAGGAAGCAAAGGGAUCCCCCUAAAAAACAUUAAAAUGUUAGCAGGUGUCCCUCUCAUUGGAUGGGUGCUGAGGGCUGCUGUGGACUCCGGCAGGUUUAACAGUGUGUGGGUAUCGACAGACCAUGAUGAGAUCGAGAAGGUGGCAAAAUCGUGGGGUGCAAAGGUGCACCGCAGGAGCCCUGAAGUAUCCAAAGAUUCUUCUACGUCACUGGACACCCUCCGAGAGUUUGCCAUGCUCAACCCAGAGGUGGAUGUGAUCUGUAACAUCCAGGCUACAGCCCCGUGUCUCCAGCCGAAACACGUGGAGGAGGCGUUGGACAUGAUCACAAAGCAGGGCUUCGACUCGGUCUUCUCGGUGGUCCGGAGGCAUCAAUUCCGCUGGCAGGAGGUCAAGAAAGGAUCUAAUGACCUUACCAAAUCACUUAAUCUGGACCCAGCCAACCGGCCUCGGCGUCAGGACUGGGAUGGAGAACUGUGUGAGAACGGUUCCUUUUACUUCACCAGGAAAGAACUCUUAUUGAAAAAGGGACUUUUGCAGGGUGGUAAGGUAGCCUACUAUGAGAUGCUGCCUGAGUACAGCGUGGACAUAGACGUGGACAUCGACUGGCCUGUGGCAGAGCAGAGGGUUCUCAGGUAUGGUUACUUUGGUCCCUCCAAGCCUGAAGUGGUUCAGCUGAUGUUCUGUAAUGUAUCUGGAUGUUUAACAGAUGGAAGGAUGUUUUUGUCUGCAUCCGGAGAGGAGAUGGUGUCUAUUAAUACCAAAGACACUGUGGGCAUCCGCAUGCUGCAGAAAGAAGGAAUGAAGGUUAUACUGUUGACCUCCAGCAAAGACCCAGUGGUCCAGUCAUUGGCUGACAAAGUGGCCGAGAGGACGGGUUGCCAUGUCGUUAAGGUGGGCGAGGAGCCUCAGAAGGAUUUGGAGAAGACUCUGAAGGAAGAGAAAUUGGAUUGGAAGGACGUGGCGUACAUGGGUACUGAUGAGCCAGAUGUGCACUGUCUGAACCUGGCAGGAUUGAGCGCAGUACCUGCAGAUGCCCCAAUGGUAGCCGUUCAAGCUUCAAAGUACACCUGCCACACGGCCGGGGGACUUGGAGCCGUCAGGGAGUUUGCAGAGCACAUUCUCCUUCAGAAAAAAAAAGCAAAGUCUCAGAUGACAGAUUAGAGUAACACCUCGACCGCAGAAGCUUCUGAUUUCAAAGAAGAAUUUAAAAUGAAAUCUACUUUGGAAGGGUUUUAGAGGUCUGGUAAUGGUAUCUGAGAUGCAUAUCUAGUUUUAGGGUUGAUUUCAAUAAUUCACUUUGUUUACAAUCACGUUUUUUGGGGAUUACUAUGCAUGUUCUUGAGUAGUUUUAGUU